AUUUGAUCGGGUGACUGUUGACAUCGAUCUCGCCGAGACGUGUAAAACUAAAACAAUAACGCAGGUGGCUUCAAAAAGUACAAAUGACGGCCGUGUAAGGUUUAUUUAAUUUGAAACUGUCCUCAGACAUCUCAAGGUAACAGAAAUCUGGAAAGUAUUUAUUAGAAAAAUGGCUUCUUUACUUUUUUGCGGUCCUAAACUGGCAGCAUGUGGACUGGUCUUAAGCAUCUGGGGUGUCAUUAUGCUGGCAGUGCUGGGGAUUUUCUUCACCACACAUUCAGCCGUGCUCAUAGAAGACGUGCCUUUUACAGAGGAAGACAUGCACAACUUGGAGACACCAUUGCAGAGCAUUUAUAAACUGUACAACCAAGUUGGAUACAAUUGCUUCAUUGCAGCAGCGAUCUAUGUGUUAAUAGGAUUCUUGUCAUUUUGUCAGGUUCGCCUCAACAAACGCAAGGAAUUUCUGGUGCAUUAGCACUGCCUAGUGAUUGGAGUUUAACCAUACUUCUAACUUCCUUUCAUAAAGUGUGAGAUUGACUUUAUGAUUAACCUGUACCUCACUAAUAUGACAUUUUUGUUGUUGUCAUCAUGGUUGUUGUGCUAUUCUGAGCUGCGGAUUCCAGAUUUUGCCUUUACAACUAUAGAGUACAUUUUGUAUAAUUGUGAGCCAUUUUCAGACUAGAACAUUUUAAAGGGCCUCUAGUUGGUUAUAAAGAAAGAUUUGAAACUGUAAAUACAUCAAUGGUAUUAGAACAUUUUUCUAUAUAUAAGAAAUAGACUUUUCUGUACUUAAAUAUACAUUAUGUAGAGGGUGUUCAUAAUGUAACAAAGUCAGCACGUAUUUUCCUAUAGCUGCUAUGUACUAUGAUGCUGUAACAAGUAACUCUCUUCAUCUGGAAAAAGACUGAACUUGAUAUCAACUCUAUAAAUGAUUUGCAUUUCAUGAAUCAACAAUCAAGAAAUAUUAAUGGGAAAAUCAUAUUGAGAAAAAAAAUAAAAAAUAUUUACAUAAGCACACCAAACUAUUUCUGCUUACUCAAAAGCUCCUGAUAAAGCUGCUAGUCUCAGCUGUGUCUUGGCAAGGCACUCUUGGUUUUAUUUGCAUUUGUGUUCAUCUGCUUCACAGAAGAUUAUCAGAGUCGAACCAUUGGACUUUCAAACAUCAUGAACAUCCUAUUUUGCUGGUGACAUUUGCAA